CAUAUCUUUCUGUAAAUAAAUCUUGUUAAGUAUCAAGUUUUCUUCCCAUGUGGGUAUUUUGUAAAUCAGAUCAAAGCUACGGGGUCUUCUUCAACUUCUUUUGCAUAGGCAAAAAAGAAAAAGAAAGAAACAGAUAAUCAUCUGAAACUGCUUUACUUGCAUAAUCAUAUCCUUUCUGCUUCCUCUGCUUCUGUUUUCAGAAAAGUGAAAGGGGAAAAAAUCAAAGAUGGGAGAAGCGAAUGAAAACAGAAGUAGGAGGGAAAUGGUAACGACCAAUCUUUCCUUGCAAAUAGACAAGUACCCGAGAGAUCUGCUGCAGAGAUUCAUGUCCACUACUACUGAUAUACACCAAUCUCAGAAUGCAGCACCUCGUGAAGAAGAUGAAGAUGAGGAAAUCGAGCUAAAUCUCGGUUUAUCACUCGGUGGUCGAUUUGGGGUUGACAAGAAUCCUAAGAAGCUUACGAGAUCAUCAUCAAUUGCAGGCACGAUGCCAAUAUUCCGGGAUGAUGAGCUGACAACUCCAUCUCCUGUGCAACACCCUCUUCUCAUGAGAACAUCCUCGUUGCCUACAGAAACCGAGGAGGAAUGGAGGAAGAGAAAGGAAAUGCAAUCAUUAAGAAGAAUGGAAGCGAAGAGGAGAAGGAAUGAAAAGCAGAGGAAUUCAAUUACUAAUGCUACUAGCAAUAACUUUUUGAGUGACAAUAAAAUGGAAGUCGAGGAAGAGAGCUUGAAGCAGAAAGGAGCUAGUAUGGCUGCGUCCUUUGGAUUGCCAAGCUGGGCUGCUUCGGCGGCCAGGCAAGCGAUUAUAGGCAGUGGAAAAGGUGGGUUUUUGCAAGGAUCUGUACAGCAUCGGAGUUCUCAACAAGGGUCUGUGGAGUCGCAAGGAGGGGGAAGUUCUUCAAGCAUGUCAGACUUGGAGAGAAAGUCACUUCAAG